GUUUUGGAAAUUUUUCCUGAACUAAAAAUCCCCGCCUCAGAGAACAACAUCACUUCGUCCAUAAUUAUAGACAAUUUGAAUAAAUUGUCUCAUAUACAAAAUCAUGGGGCCAGCAGCGAAAAGAAGAAAGGUGGCCAGCAAAGUCGAAGAAGUUACCUUCGACGCUGCCGAUCGCCAGCAGUUUCUCACAGGCUUUCGCAAGCGCAAACAACAACGCAUUAAACAUGCACAAGAGGUGGCCGAGCAGAAGGCCCGUGAAUUGAAGCGUGAGGAGCGCAAAAGGAUUCGCGAAGAGCGAACCGCAGAAUUCCAGCGCGCUAUCGAGGAACAUAAAAAACAACUCAAGAGAUUGAAGGAGGAGGACAGUGAUGAGGACAACUCGAGUUCGGGAAGUGGUGAUGAAGACGACCAGGAAUGGGAAGGGUUCGAAGAACCCCCAGCCGUGGAUUACGAGGCCGAAUACAUAGACGAAGACAAGUACACGACGGUCACAGUGGAAGAAAUGGAUCCUUCCAGAGAAGGCCUACUCCGAUCGGCAGGCAAUGAGUCGGACGACGAGGAAGAGGAGCAGACGGAGACGAAACCUGCACCGGACACCAAAUCAACCGCGGCCGGCGAGAAGACGAAAAAGAAGACCGAUAACAAGCCGAAAAAGAAGAAGAAGAAGUUCCGCUACGAGUCUAAAGAGGAACGCAAGCUUACGAGGGUGAAGGAGCGCGCGGCGAAAUCGAGGAAAGCCCAGGCUCGACGAGACCGCUCAUAAUAUCCAGUCCUAUACAACACAGCACAGCACAUUUAUGAACCAGCAUUCGGUUGGAAAUACAGAAGCCAGAAGGGGGGCGCUCCCAAUUAAAUAUGCUCUAUGUACCUUCACAAUGACUAAUAUGGUAAACAAUAAAAGGUUAAACAAGGUCACGGGGACGAGCGGAGAGACCGGUUGAUGAUGCGGAUGAAGCCAGCUAGAUGACACGACGAAAAAAGAUACAGCUA